CUCCAACCACAGCACCAUCUGGGCAAAGGGCAGAAGACAGUGACCACCUCGUCUCGGUCUCCGUCCACUGGGACCCUUUAAGAAGCAUCGCCCUUCGUGGGGAAAACACCACCUUUGCCAAAGUGUUUUUUCUUUUGUCUUUUCUUUGUCAUUUUCGUUCCUGCGUUGGAAUUAAAUCCCAGGGAUUAAACUCGAGGUUCUGCCGUAAACACUCGUCUCCAUGGCGACUUAACCUGCUCCGAGGAUUUACCGCUCCGACAGCAUGACUGAAACCGUUGAAGCGCGCUCCUCCGCCUCCUCCACCACCACCACCAUGGUCAUCGACGGCAGGACCGCCGACGCCGCCGCCCGAGGACCCAAGAAGAAGUUCUCGGACGACCUCCACUCGACCUUCAGCUCCCCGCUGGCCUGGAUCCUGGUUCUGGCUCUGGUCAUCACGUGGUCUUGUGUCUUUGUCAUCAUGUUUGACCUGGUGGACUACAAGACCGUCUCAGGUCGCCCCCCCCCUCUCCCCAGGAAGAUUUUAAAGGACUCAGGCCGUAGAGGGGGCCUCAGCAGGAUCGGCUCGGACCCCCUGAAGGCCGUCAACGACGCCGUGGAGGAGUCCACCAACGCGAUCGGCGCCGCCUGGAAGUUUGUGGCCGGCCUGGUCGCCCCGGACGACGAAGAAGGGACGCUCUACGCCGUGAGGAAAAAAGGAGAGUUUCUACCUUCCAGAAGAAAAGUUAUUGAGAUGCAAGCGAACGCAAAACCACCAGUGAUCGAAGUUGUGGAGAAGGAGGAGGAAGAUGUGGGAGACGAGGAAGGAGAAGAGGGAGGGGAGGCUGCUGGUGAAGAGGAGGAGGAGGACAAUGAGGUGGAGGAGGAGGAGGAGAAGGAGGAAGAGGCAGAUGAGGAGGAUGAACUAUAUGAGGACGAGGAGGAUUAUGAGGAGGAGUAUGAAGAGGAGUAUGAUGAGGAGUAUAAAGAAUAUUAUGAGGACGAAGCUGAUGAAGAGGAGGAGGGGGAGGAAGAAGGAGUGGAGGAGGAAGAAGAGGAAGAAGAGGAAGAGGAGGAAGGAGCAUAUGAACUUGAAGAAGACGAGGAGGAGGAGGGAGGAGAAGAAGAGGAGUCAGAUGAAGAGGGAGUACAAACGGCUGCCGAUGAAGAGGAAGUUGAGGUGAAGGCAGAAGAGGAGGAGGAUGAAGAGGAGGAUGAAGAGGAGGAGGAGGAUGGAGAAGAAGAAGGCACAAAAGAGGAAGAAAGAGUUGAAACAGCUGCCGACGAAGAGGAGGAUGAGUUGAAGGCAGAAGAGGAGGAGGAAGAUGAUGAAGAGGAUUUGGAGGCAGCAACUGAAGAUGAGGGUGAAGACGAGGAAGAAGAGAAGAAACCGGAAGCAGGUUCAGCUCAAAUUGAUAAAGAAGAUAAUGAUGAUGAUGUUGCUGAUGAGGAAGAGGAAGAAGAAGAGAACCCAGAUGCUGCUGAUGAAGAUGAUGUCGUGGAGUCUGAACCUUCAGCCGCUGAUGCUGAGGAUGACGAUGAUGAAGUUUCUCCUGAACCCCUCUCCUCCUCUGAGGAGGAAGACUCGGCGGCGUCUCCCGAGUCUGACGUCACAGACAGCCUCGAUGAAGACGACGAAGAAGACGAAGAUGACGACGCAUUCACUGACACCUCGGACGUCAGUGGAUCUGCACUCCAGAGAGACGAAGAAGACGACGAAGACGACAAAUUAGCGGAGGGGGUCGAGACGUCAGACAGCGACGACUUCAUUGCGGAGGACAGCGAUGACGAGCUGGAGCUUCAUCUUCCUCCCGUUCUCGCAGCCAGUGAGGAUGAUGAAGACGACGAAGAUCAAAAACCUCCUUUACCUGUUGAGGAUGAUGAUGAGGAUGAUGAUGACGACAUUGACGAUGAACACCUGGACGGAGACGUCAGAGUUGCCGAAGACGCUGCUGCUGCUGAUGAUGAUGAUCUGGACCAAUCAGAGGAGGACAUCUCCGUCGCCUCCUCUGACAACUUUGCAGAUGAUGAAGAUGAUGAGGAAGACGUUGACCUCGGAGACCUCGACCUUGGCGGUGACGACAAACCCGAUGAUGUCACUGAAGAAGACCACCUUGACGACGGUGAUGACGAAGAGGAGGAGAAAAAGGAGGAGGAACUCGCUGCCUUUGAGAGCACCGACAGCGGAGUCUUGGGCGAUGAAGAUGAUGAUAAAGAGGACGUCGCUCCUCCAACAGAUGAAGAGAGCGUCUUCAGUGAAGACACCUCCUACGACACAACCAACGAUGGUGAGGAUGAUGAUGAUGAUGAUGAUGAUACUGAUACCGGCUCAUUUGAGCUCAACUUACAUGAAGAAGAAAAAGAAGCACUCGCUGCCGCUGGAAAGGACGACGAUGAUGAUGAUGAUGAAGACGACGACGACGAUGAUGUUGAUGAAGUCGUGCUUUCAGCAGCUUCCACUGGAGCAGCGUCCAGUGGCCAGCAGGAGGCGCUAGAGACCAAGGCGGACCAGGACGAUGAAGAGGAAGAGGAAAAGGACCCCAAACAGGCUGACGAAGAGCAGACCGAGGAGGCUGAAGCAGAAACAACCGCCGGCGUCCCCCAGCAGGACGAAGGCCAGGGGGACAAAGGGGACGGAGACGAGGAGCCGGCGGCCGGACCGAAGAGGACCGUGGACGAGCCCGAGGACGAGCAGGAGGAAGACUACGACGAGGGCGGCGAGGAGAAGGCCUCGGUGGACGCGAUGAGGCCGGUGGAGGCAGCCGCAGUGUGUCCCUGUAUGAACUCCGCCAAGGAGCCCGCCGCCGAGACGGAGGACAGAAAAGAUGCUCCGAGGAGAGUUUCUGCUGUGAGAAGGAAAAAAGAGGCUGUGAAGACCGCGGAGAAGCACACACGUAAAGGUCUCCCCAGGGUCGCGGUCCUGGAGCCCCCGAGGACCAGGAGACUCCCGCCUCCUUUCAGAGUCAAGAGAGCCGAAAAGACUCCGACCAAGACUCCCAAAAAAAAGACAGAGACCAAAAAACAAGACGAGGUGCCAGAACCCGAACAAGAAGUUGGCCCCUGCAGACCUGCUCCGGUCUACUGCCCGUCCCCCCCCGGCUGGUACGUCCACCACGUGGUCACCGACAACCCGUACCCCCCCCCCACCAUGCCAGCCCCCUCCGCUCCGGUUGUGACCGCCCACCCGGCAGGAGCCCCGCCCCUUUACCCGCAGCAGCCGCCGCCGCCGCUCUACGCGCACUACCAGCCGUACCAGCCGUACCAGCCGUACCCCCCCGUGCAGCCCGCGCCGUGGCCUCAGGCGGAGCCGGGGCCCCCCACCCCUCCGGGGGAAGCCGCCGGGCGGGAGUCCCCCGUGGAGCCGGGGGCCCCCCCUCCGGUCCAAGAUGCGACUGCUGCAAUUGACAAACCUAAAGCUGCUGCAAAGAAAGAGCCAGCGUUAAGAAAAGAGAAGAAAAGUCCGACGGUGGUGAAGAAAGAGUCAGCCGUGAGAGAGAAAACCAAACCUGCUGCUAAGAAAGAGGCGGCUCUGAAAGACAAAACUAAACCUGCUGCUAAGAAAGAGCCUGAAGCCGCGCGACAGCUGAGGAGAUCUGCCUCCGAGGAGAAAGAAGCGUCGGCUGUCAGGAGCAAAGUCAAGGCUUCUGUGGCAAAGAGAGACCCAGAACCGCGUCCACAGCCGACGGAGCUGAGGUCCAGACCCGAGGCGGCGAGGAGGGCGAACGCGACGUUUCAGGCUGCGUCCGAACCAGACAAAACGAGACCCAGACUACUGGACAAGAAGAGCAGAGCUGAGAAGGCUGAGAGGAAACCGCUCGGAGAGGCCGAAGAUGGAGACAAAGAAGCAUCACGAGCCAGAGCGACGCCGAGUGACGACAACGCGGCGCCAAAGAAGAAGCCAAGCCAGCGCUACUUCCAGUGCGUCUACGUCCCCGGGAAAAACGCACAGUACCCCCUGCGACCUUUGACCCCGGCCGUGUCCCCCGCCAUGAUGACCCCCGCCAUCAGGUCCAUGUUGGAGCAGCAGCAGAGGGCGGCGAGGACGUCGGGACAAUAGCCGGAGCCCCCACACGCCCCCCCCCCCCCCCUCCUCACGCCCCCCCCCCCCUCCCUUUGGCUCCGGAGGAGAGGAAACCCCGGACAGAGAAGAGCGGACGCUGUGGCGUCCUUUUAGUUAUUUGUGUGUUUAUUUCCCAUCUGUGGGGGGGGGGUGCUGGUGGGUGGGUGAGGGAAGGGGGGGGGUCGAGCUCCAGGUGGUGAUUCCCGCUCUUUCCCCCCCGCUCAGCAGACAGCGGAGCGUUGGCGAGCUCACUGUACGAUGUAAAUAGUGCUGAGAUGAACUCACACAGAGGUUCAGUAGUGUUUUUAUACUCCGACCAAUCGAAUCACGCACAGAAUGAAACUAAUAAAAGGCUGAAGACACUUCAACUGUUAACACUCAAUAAAUCAGGAAGCUUCAAUGACACGAGAGAAACCAAGAGUUGUUUGGUAUCGUUAUUUGAAAGGGGCCCGCUGCGUAUUUCACAAUAAGAGCUUCUCACAUCUGGAGCAGAUGUUGGUUGGUGGCGUUUCUUGUGUCCGGCGUGCAUUGACGCACUUUGUGUCCGUGUUUGGAGUCGAAUGGGUCACAAAGGACAGGAAGCCACACGGAGCCGAUGGCUUUGAGACUCAUUUCCUGUUCUUCUGUCUCCUGGACGUCACUCAGCAUCUUCAGAGACGCCGGCUGCAUGAAGGUGGCGUCAGGCCUCGGCGCGUUGCCACGUUUUACUCGCUCUGGUUCUUUGCACGUUGACGACAGCCGUUGCUCAACUUGUUGCUCAACUUGUUGCUCAACUCGUUGCUCAACUCGUUGCUCAACUCGUUGCUGGGCUUUAUUUUUGUCUCACUGGACUUGUCCCUGAUGGUUCAUAGUAAUCACACUUAUCGAGAGGUUCUCCUACAGCCGGACGGCCUGCUGUCGACCCGCAGACUUCAUCCCACUGUUUACCCAUCAUCAUCAUCAUCAUCAUCAUCAUCAUCAU